UCCUGUUUCAGUCCGUUCUCAGCAUCAGUGGGACUGGACGAGAGACCCUACUGUUGGAGUGCACUGUGUGUGGAGCCUGAAACAGUUAUAAGGCCUGGGAAGAGGAAUUCACGGAGGGGAGCAGCUCUACAUGUGUUGUGUGCGGCUGAAGCUUUGGCCAUGGAGAAACCCGAGGAAUCCUGCCCCAUGGAGAAACCGUGGAAGUGUGGCGACUGUGGGAAAGGCUUCCGUUUCCCAUCUGCUUUGGCGAUUCAUCGUCGCAGUCACACCGGGGAAAGGCCAUUCCCCUGCACAGAGUGCGGGAAGGCCUUCAGCAAUUCCUCCAACCUGGUGAGGCACCGGCGGGUCCACACCAGGGAGAGGCCCUUCAGCUGCCCUGAGUGUGGGAAGGCCUUCAGCUAUUGCUCUGACCUGUUGAGGCACCGGCGGGUCCACACAGGGGAGCGGCCCUUCAGGUGCUCCGCAUGCGGGAAGGGGUUUACCCAGGCCUCCACCCUGUUGGCCCACCGUCAGGUCCACACUGGGGAGAGGCUGUUCCUCUGCACCGAGUGCGGGAAGGGCUUCAGCAAUUCCUUCGCCCUGCUGACCCAUCAGCGGGUCCACACGGGGGAGAGGCCAUUCCCCUGCACAGAGUGCAGGAAGGCCUUCAACAGCUCCUCCAACAGGCUGAAGCACCAGCGGGUCCACACAGGGGAGAGGCCGUUCACCUGCUAUCAGUGCGGGAAGAGCUUUAGCCGCUCCUCCCACCUGCGGAGACACCAGAGAGUUCACAUGCCAUCGCAGGGGGUUUAAAGCAGUGACGGCUGAGUGCCUUUAUCGCUUGGACUAUCAACCCAGUUCCGGGAGCUGCCAUGGCAGAUGGCGGAAUUGGAAUUCGGUUAGAUUCUGAACUCCAGAUUUCUAACAAUCAAACAAUUGUCAGGGAUGGGAGGGGGAACCCCCAUCUGAUUUACUCACAACCUUCUAAGGGAAGGAAACUGCUGAUGUGAGAACGGAUUCACUCACUUGUCCCAGUGCAUCCUUUACCCGGGCAGGCUUACACGUGACUCCAGACCCACAGCAGUCUGGUUGACUAUUCUGCACUCCUUUUCCCCUCCCCACCCCAACUCCAGCCGAUUAGGGGGGAGAAACCUACUUGGAGACAAGGUAUGGGUUUAAAUUGGUGCAUGAGGCAAUACUUCUUCUAGUUCAUGGUUAUACCAAGGAUCCAAUUACAAAAGGACAACUCUGUGCUGACAAAUAGUAAAGAAAGUGGGGGUGAGGGGGCGGGGGGAGAAGUGUGUGUGCUUUGACCUUGAGCUGUUUUAAAAAAAAAAGAUACUUUUUCUACACCUUUUUGCUGGGGGGAUCUGAAGCUGUAACAAA